CAUGAUAGUUUUUUGACCACAUUUAAAGAUUUUCACGAUAGUAGUCAAUGACAAUUAGUAUACCUCGUUAAAGGCAUGUGGCUCCCAAACUUUCAAUAGUCUUAUUAUAUAAAUCUUCUCUUCUCUUCUGUUUUAGUCCAUUACUAAACAACACCAAGAGCGUAACGCCUCCUCCUUUUUUCCUUCUCUUCCUCAUACAACACUCUUAAAUUCAGAAUUCUGCACUGUGUACAACAAGCUUGUACAGCAUCAAUAAAACUGUAUUUUUUUUUUCAAAAAAAACCCAAAAAAGUGAAAAAAAAAACUAACUAGAAUAUGAUGGGUACAAGAGGGUUGGUUUUUUAUCUGCUGUCAGGCUUUUCUGUGGCUGUUUUUUCACUAUUUUUAGUCACUGAUUACCAGAAAACUCAUCAGAAAUUUGAAAGUAUUCAUCUUUUUUCUGUUAAUUCUGCUGUUUCUGGGACUGAGAAAGUUUGGCCUAAACUGGAGUUUGGAUGGAGAAUUGGUGUGGCAACAAUCAUUGGGUUCUUGGGUUCAGCAUUCGGAACCGUUGGAGGAGUUGGUGGUGGUGGUAUUUUUGUUCCAAUGCUUACUUUAAUUGUUGGGUUUGAUACCAAAUCUGCUGCUGCUCUUUCUAAAUGUAUGAUAAUGGCUGCUUCAGCAUCAUCAUUUUGGUACAAUCUUAGAGUGCAACACCCAUGUAGAGAUGUACCAAUUUUGGACUAUGAUUUGGCUCUUCUUUUUCAACCCAUGCUUAUGCUUGGUAUCACUCUUGGUGUUGCUCUUAGUGUUGUCUUUCCUUACUGGCUAAUUACUGUUCUUAUCAUAAUUCUUUUCUUAGGCACGUCAUCCAGGUCUUUCUCUAGAGGGAUCAUGAUGUGGAAGGAAGAGACUCUGUUGAAUACAGAAUUGGUUAAACAACAAGAUACCUUUAGUAAUUCUCAUGGCGAACUUCUUAUAAACACAGAGUAUGAGCCUUUAAGUCUAAAGGAAGAAAAAUCAGCCAUGCAAAUUAUGUCCUUUAAUCUAAAAUGGAAAAGAUUACUAUUGCUUCUUAUUGUCUGGGUUUCCUUUGUGCUCCUUCAAGUCUUGAAGAAUGAUAUUGCUGCCUGUACUUCAUGGUAUUGGGUGCUGAACCUUCUUCAGUUUCCCGUAGCCUUUGGAGUUUUCGGGUAUGAAGCAGUAAAGUUGUAUGAAGAAGGGAGGAAGAGGAAGAUAGCUGGGAAUACACAAUCAGUUUGUGAAGCUUCAAUUGAGUUUACACCCAUAAUGCUCUCCUUUUGUGCACUUUGUGGUUUACUAGGAGGUACUGUUGGUGGUCUUCUAGGAUCUGGUGGUGGGUUUAUCUUGGGCCCAUUGCUUCUUGAGAUUGGUGUAAUUCCUCAGGUGGCGAGCGCAACCGCAACUUUUGUCAUGCUGUUCUCAUCCUCCUUGUCUGUGGUGGAGUUCUACUUUCUCAAAAGGUUCCCAAUUACAUAUGCCUUGUACCUUAUGUCGGUUUCACUUCUAGCUGGGUUUUGGGGACAAUAUUUUGUAAGAAAACUCGUUGCGUUCCUUAGACGCGCUUCCCUCAUUGUCUUCAUCCUCUCUGCCGUCAUUUUUGCUAGUGCUCUCACAAUGGGAGUAAUUGGGAUCGAGAAGACCAUUCAUAUGAUCAACAAUCACGAGUUCAUGGGUUUCUUGGACUUCUGCUCGAACCAAUAGCAACCUCGAUUUUGUUCAUCGGUUUUCGAUUCUUAAAUUCUUGUAUGCUAAAUUUUAAAAAUUGUUGGUCAAUGUCGUAUUGACCAACUACUAAGAUCAUCAUUGUGAAAAAAAAUAAAGGGUAAUUCUUAAUUUGAUUUGGGUCAGCCAUGGUUGACACCAUUAGUAUAGUCUUUAGUCUGAAGAUGUUCAAGUUUAAGAAACAGUUUAAAAAAUUACAUGUUAAUAACUAAUAGUGUUCAUAGUAUAUUGCUAAUUGAUUCAUCAUUUGCUCCU